AUGAUGGCAAUCCUACACCAAGCUUUAGCUAUAGGCGUCCUGUUAUAUGCGAUGCUGGCGAACGGAUAUCAUGGCCCUUACAACUAUGGAGCUACAGCAAGCAAUUUACUGUUGAAGAGACAGAAUAUAUCCGAGACGAUUGUGAUCACCAACCUCACGAGCGAAUCCGAAAUUGAUCCCCCAGCACGGGUGGAGCUUAGAGAAUUGAAGAAGGAUUCAUAUAAAUGGAAUCUAUACCUCCUUGCCCUAAGCAUGUUCCAAUGGACCGAGACUUCGAGACCCGAUUCGUGGUAUCAGAUUGCUGGGAUUCACGGUUACCCCUUUGCUUCUUGGAAUGGAGUGGAAGGCAUAAAUCCCUGGACCGGCUACUGUCCCCAUUCGUCCAUCUUGUUCCCGACGUGGCAUCGCCCGUAUAUGGCUCUUGUGGAGCAACAAUUAUACUAUCGCGUUCAAUUCAUUGCGUCGCUCUUUCAGAACGAGACCGAACGUGCUCUAUAUCAACGGGCGGCGUCUGUUUGGCGCAUGCCAUACUGGGAUUGGGCGUGGAGACCAUUGGAUGGUGCUCCCGUAUUUAUGGAAGAGUUUGGCCUGGAAAACAUCAGAAUGUAUGGCCCUAGCGGAUGGCAACUCGUCGCGAAUCCGCUGUAUAGCUUCCAUUUUACCGGAAACAAGACGCUUGAUUUCCCCGCCCAGCUUCGAGAGUGGAACGAAACCAAACGAGCCCCUUCCGACCAGACGGUUGGCGCGGUAUCUCGUAGCGAUGAAGUUGCAAACCAGCUUGAGAUGAGGCUCGAUCAACUUCAACAACGGCUUUUCAUGCUCUUUUCGUCAUAUCAUAACUAUACGACGUUCAGCAACAUUCAGCAUCUCCAACAAGAGAAUGGGAAGUAUGAGUCGAUUGAAGCGAUCCAUAAUGCCAUUCAUUCGUCGGUUGGCCAGGGGGGACAUAUGGACUACAUCAUGUACUCCGCCUUCGAUCCCAUCUUUUUCUUGCACCACGCCAAUGUCGACCGACUCGUCGCUAUGUGGCAGGCACUCAAUCCUUCUUCAUGGGUGAUGCCUUUGCCGGCAUCAGCAGCUACAUUCACUACCAAUGUGGGGGAGAUCCAGGAUGCUAAUACGGACCUGAAGCCUUUUUAUACCAGCGGUGGCCAGUUCUGGAAUUCCGAGCUCUCGCAAGAUACGCGAUCAUUUGGUUAUGUCUAUGACGACACCGUCAAUGUUUCCCUUACUAGGCAGUCUGAUGCCGAAGCCCUGGAGGAAUUGAAAAGAGUGAUUAACGAAAAAUACGGCCAGUCUAGCCCAUCCGCCUCCAUAGUUCUCCAGCCGCGCCUGAGAGCUAGAGACCUCACUACCGAUACUGAGAUGGCCGAAAAGUUUCGGAAGGACGCGGUAGCCAAUGACAGGUUUAUCCCAAAUCUCUCGAGUCACGGAUUUUUCUCGAAUCCUCCUUUCUCAGCUAUUCUGAAAAAAGGGAAUCGGUACACUGAGUGGAUUGCGAAUAUUAAAAUCCAGAGCAAGGACAUCGACCGACCUAUGUCGAUACUUUUCUUCAUCGGGGACGUUCCUGAUGAUCACAAGAGCUGGAAAGAUUCUCCGAAUGUGGCAGGGUCCUUUGGAGUAUUCUCUAUGGCGGCUGCCUCAAAUCCAACAGCUCAUAUUACUGGGACCCUACCCCUAACAUCGGCGCUAACGAAGAUGGUAGCCGCUGGGUUUGUUCACAGUAUGGACCCAGAAGACAUGAGUCUCUACCUCGAACACAACCUCAAGUUUCGAGUUUUGGAUGCCAACCACGAGAUAGUCGACCUUGGCCGAACAGGAGGCUUGAGUAUCACAAUAGCUAGUGCAUCUGUGAAAGCACCUUCGAAGAAUACUGGGUUGCCGGAAUGGGACAACCUGGUGGAAAGGUUUACAUUGAUCCUAACUAUGAGCCAAUCUGCCCAAAAAGGGCGCAAGACCGCUGCCCGAAAGGGCCAGCCCUGGUCGGUAGAAUACGACACCCUCCGGCGCCAACAUCUUUUCCAGAACCCACCGAAGGAUCAAUCCGUACAUCCUCUACUUAGAGACGCGGUACAAUUCCAUAAUGAAUCGUUUAAUGCGCUAUUUGGAGAGCAGGGUCUGAUGCGACACGCUAUUGCGGACAUUGGGACGAAGUGGUUUCGAGAUGGAGAACUGGCCCAGACUGGGGAGUCGACGAAUGACCUGAGGAUACGGAUUAAGGACGUCGCUCUGCAAUACCCAGAAAUUAUUCCCCACCGACUUUCUACAGAAGAGCGCAAGCCAUUGUACCCAUGGGAGUGCAGGGAGAGGCACAUUUCGUACCGAGGAAAGCUAUUGGCAACUCUAGAGUAUACGAUCAACGACGGCGACCCUGUUGAAUUCGACGUGGACCUUGGAAAGCUGCCUGUAAUGGUCAAGUCAAACAGGUGUCAUCUUGAAAAGCUUGCACCGGCUCAACUUGUCCAAAAGAGAGAAGAUUCCGAAGAGCUCGGAGGAUAUUUUAUUGUCAACGGUAUCGAAAGGAUUAUUCGACUUCUUCAAGUGAACAAGCGAAACUUCCCCAUUGCCAUCGACCGUAAGAGUUUCGCCAACCGAGGCCCCGAGUACACAACCAAGGGUGUCGUCAUGCGCUGUUCGAGGCCUGAUGAAACUUCCUUGACAAAUACGCUGCACCUUCUUAAGGACGGAAAUAUUAUCAUGCGCUUUGCAUGGAGGAAGCGCGAAUACCUAGUUCCGGUCAUGAUGAUCCUCAAGGCCCUUGUCGAUACGAAUGAUCGGGAGAUCUUUGAGGCCAUCGUCGGUCCUGCCGAGUCGCCAGCUGCGAAGGACGCGCGGCUAGUCAAUCAGCUCGAAGUGCUGCUUCGAACAUUCAAACACUACGGUCUCUAUUCAAAGACGCAAGCCCGCGCGUUCCUCGGAAGCAAAUUUAGGAGCGUCAUGGGAGUCCCGAAUGCCAUGUCCGAUAUCGAAGUCGGCGACGAAUUCCUUCGAAAGAUUGUCCUGGUCCAUCUUGGAAACGUUAAUGUGACCCACGAACAAGAUUACGACAAGUUCUCGACCCUGGCGUUCAUGUGCCGCAAACUUUAUGCCUUCGGAUCGGAUGAAUGCGCGGCAGAGAACGUCGAUGUUGUAGCAAACCAGGAUGUUCUGCUUGGUGGCUUUUUUUUCGGAAUGAUUAUCAAGGAACGCCUGGAAGAAAUGAUCAGCACAUCACUUCGAGCCUGUCUUAUCCAAUAUUUCCGUACUUAUCCCAAGGAUACUUUCACCUCCUCAAGGUUUGAGCAAGAGUUCCCAAAGCGUAUCUUCACCAAGGUCGACUACAAGAUUGGUCAAGCGAUGGAAUACUUCCUAUCAACGGGUAAUCUAUCCAGUGUCUCAGGACUUGACCAGCAGCAGGCCUCCGGUUUUACUAUCGUCGCUGAAAAGCUCAACUAUCUCCGAUACAUUAGCCAUUUCCGCUCUAUUCACAGAGGUGCCUUCUUCACCGAGCUGCGUACGACAACGGUACGGAAACUGACGCCCGAGGCGUGGGGCUUCCUCUGCCCCGUUCACACUCCUGACGGUUCUCCCUGCGGUCUUCUUAACCACCUUGCUCACAAAUGCAAGGUGAUGACGAAGUCAUUGGAUGUGUCGGGUAUUCCUCAGCUCGUCCAGGAACUAGGCGCCGAUGUACGAUCGUCGGCGACAACGAAGGAAUGCGUUGUCGUCAUGCUCGACGGCCGAAUUAUUGGCUGGUGCACACCUACUACGGCUAAGCGAAUCCAUGACUGCUUCCGACACUGGAAGGUUGAGGGUUCUCACAAUAUUCCACUAGAACUGGAAAUUGGCUACAUUCCGUUGUCGAACCGGGGCACUUACCCUGGUGUGUAUAUGGCGUCGAAGCCGUCGAGGCUGGUGCGACCAGUCAAAUAUCUGCCACUGGACAAGGAAGACAGCGUCGGACCCAUGGAGCAAAUGUGGUUAGGUAUCGCCGUAGUACCAUGGGAAAUCGAAUCUGGUUUCCAUACUCACAUCGAAUUCUCCCCGACCCACGUUCUCUCGAUUCUUGCCAACAUGACGCCCUUUUCGGACCACAACCAAUCCCCCAGAAACAUGUACCAAUGUCAGAUGGCCAAACAGACAAUGGGUACGCCAACGACCGCUCUCGCACACCGUACCGAUAACAAGCUGUACCACAUCCAAACAGGCCAGACUCCGAUUGUUAGGGCCUCACUUUUCAACGAAUACGGCCUUGACAACUGGCCUAAUGGUUUCAAUGCUGUCAUUGCCGUCAUUUCCUACACCGGUUACGACAUGGACGACGCUAUGAUCAUUAAUAAAUCGGCUUUUGAACGCGGAUUUGGCCAUGGUUCCAUCUAUAAGACGCUGAAAAUCACACUGAAGGAGGAUGGUCGCGCGGUGUCUGCCCGACGGGUUAAGAAGCUGUUCGGUUUCCCCAAGAGCGCCGAGAUUAAGGGUGAAUGGCGCAGGACCCUAGACGAUGAUGGUCUCCCAAUGGUUGGGGCCAUGGUUAAAGAAGGCGACUACAUUGCUGCGUGGCAUACCGUGGAGAUGGAUUUUGCUGAUAACUACGUCAAUGCGGACGGUGAGACCAGGUUUGAGAGGUACAAGGAUUCGGAAGUUGGUUAUAUCGAGCAGGUACGGCUGAUCGGCUCCGAAUCCGGAUCGGAGCCGCUCCAGACGAUUUCCGUUAAAAUUCGCAUCCCUCGACCGCCACAAGUUGGUGACAAGUUUUCGUCGCGUCACGGACAGAAGGGUGUCCUUUCAAGGCUAUGGCCAACUGUUGAUAUGCCCUUCUCCGAGUCGGGCAUCCAGCCUGAUGUCAUUAUCAACCCGCACGCUUUCCCGUCUCGAAUGACCAUUGGUAUGCUUGUUGAGAUCAUGGCGGGCAAAUCUGGCGCUCUUCACGGCCUGGCACAGGAUGGAACUCCUUGGACGUUCGACGAGCAAUAUCCGGCCAAGGACUUCUUCGGAGAGCAGCUCCGGAAGGCGGGUUACAGCUAUCACGGCAGCGAACCCAUGUACUCAGGCAUCACGGGCGAGGAGUUUUCCGCAGAUAUAUUCAUGGGUGUCUGUUACUACCAGAGGCUGAGGCACAUGGUUAACGACAAGUUCCAAGUGAGAACUACGGGUCCUAUCGUCCCGACGACAGGCCAGCCAGUAAAGGGCAGGAAACGCCAUGGUGGUAUCCGUGUGGGAGAGAUGGAGAAGGACGCGCUUCUAGCACACGGCACUGCAUUCCUGCUCCAGGAUCGGCUCAUCAACUGCUCCGACUACACGAAGACAUGGAUUUGCAAGCCAUGCGGAUCGUUCUUAUCUGUUCAACCGAUUGUGUCACCAUACAUUGGCAAGAGGAAGAAGGACACGGCAGUCCGAUGUCGAAAGUGCGCCGUUAUAGUUAAGCCCGGCAUGGACCUCUCGGGCUUCGACGGCGAAAUGUGGGAAGACGGUCAAGGUAACCUCUUCAUUGGCGGUGACCAAACGACCGAGAUCGCCGUUCCCGGUGCGCUCAAGUACCUCGACGUCGAGCUUGCGGCGAUGGGUGUCAAGUUGAGGUACAAUGUGGACAGCAGCACAGGAACGCGUAAGGGCCCGGCUCGGCCAGUGAAACUGAGCGAAGUGAGUCUCGGCUCUGAGGACUCCAAGUAA